AUGCCAGAGUUUGAUAUCGGACCAAUCAGGAAGAGCAGGCAGUUGGGUAGGUUGGGAGGGGACAGGGAUGAUCGAGGUUGGACUCCCCUUCACAUUUGUGCUAGGAAAGGUGACCUCAAACAGGUGAAACGACUUCUUGAUGAAGGAAUGGAUGUUAAUGUGGCUGCCUGGGGGCCAAAGUCGCAUGGCGUGACCCCCCUCCACCUUGCUGCUAAGGGGGGUCAUCUUAAAGUUAUGGAUGCAUUGCUAGAGCGUGGUGCUGAUAUUGACGCGCGAACUAAGGGUGCAUGCGGCUGGACACCACUUCACAAUGCUGCUAAAGAAAGAAAUAAGAAAGCAAUCAAUUUCCUGGUUGGAAACGGCGCAUUCCUGCCUGAUGAUAUCAACGACACAAGGUUCAAUCCACCCCUCCAUUAUUGUCAUGGUCUUGAAUGGGCUUAUGAAGAGAUGAAGCGCCUCCAGUUGGAUAAGUCUUCAUCUAGCGAAGCAUCCUACAGCUCGGAAAACUGA